CAAACCGCGCCAGCUCCACAGCGCUGUGAGCCUGAAAACACUUUCCCAAUCCUGGACGUCCAUUCCCUCCCUCCUCUCUCCUCCUCCUCCCCCGCCACCACCACCACCAGACCAAGCACAGGAAACGGCACAUUUUUCUAUCCAAAGUAAAAUCCAACCCAUUUCUCUGCCUCCCAAUCUCCCGCUUCCCUCUCCCCUCCCCUCCUCUUCCUCAGCUCGAGUCCAGACGCUCUCCUCAACAUCUGCCACGUAGCGAGCACAAGGAACCCCUCGUCCAUACAUCAUCCCCCUCGUCCAUACAUCCCCAUCCCUCCUCGUCCAUACAUCCCCAUCCCCCUCGUCCAUACAUCCACCCCCCUCGUCCAUACAUCCACCCCCCUCGUCCAUACAUCCCCAUCCCUCCUCGUCCAUACAUCAUCCCUCCUCGUUCAUACAUCCAUCCCCCUCGUCCAUACAUCCAUCCCCCUCGUCCAUACAUCAUCCCUCCUCGUUCAUACAUCCAUCCCCCUCGUCCAUACAUCAUCCUUCCUCGUCCAUACAUCCAUCCCCCUCGUCCAUACAUCAUCCCUCCUCGUCCAUACAUCCAUCCCUCCUCGUCCAUACAUCCAUCCCCCUUGUCCAUACAUCAUCCCUCCUCGUCCAUACAUCCAUCCCCCUCGUCCAUACAUCCAUCCCUCCUCGUCCAUACAUCCAUCCCUCCUCGUCCAUACAUCCAUCCCCCUCGUCCAUACAUUAUCCCUCCUCGUCCAUACAUCCAUCCCCCUCGUCCAUACAUCCAUCCCCCCUCGUCCAUACAUCCAUCCCCCUCGUCCAUACAUCCAUUCCUCCUCGCCCCCCCCCACACUCUCUGUGGUCCGAAGGGCAGCCGUGUCGCCUCCAGCCCAAGGGACUCGUGGCCCCGGCUGCUGAAAACUGGACUCGAGCCCAGGAACUCGGUGAACAUCGUGUGAACAUUUGCCCACGGUGAACGAGCAGCAACGUCGCCAACAAAGAGUUCCCCGCCUGCCCUACAACAUGAUGGUUCUCAAGUCUAAGCUGAGCGCCCUGGUGUUCGGGAAGGACCAAGAGGUCGCGCCUCUCACCAGCGACUCGGAGGCCAUCGAGCUCGCCCCCACGGCGCCCCUCGUCCCACCACCCUCGCAUCCCGGACACGCGGUCACGUACCUGGGCAAGGUGCGCCUGUUCCCCGCGCCGGCCCUGGGCCCCAGCUGCACCGACCGCGCCGUCCAGGAGAUGUGGGCCCUGAAGGCCGAGGAGCCCAACCUCGCUCGCCCCGCACGCCUCGAGAUCCGGCCCUUCCACAUCCGCAUGCACGUGCAGCUCCCGCCCUCUCAGGCCUCCUCCGCCGCCUCCUCCGCCGCGUCUUGCGAGCGGGCGAAGCCGGCCGGCGAGGAGGACCCGGAGGACGAUGACGAGAACGAAGAGGAUGAUGAGAACGACGAGGGGGAGGAGGAGGAGGAGGGCGGCGUGGCGACGGCGGCCGUGCGUGCGCAGCGUCUGCUGUGGCGGAAGAAGCGGCGCGGCGGUGGCCGUGGAGGAGGGGGAGGGGGAGCGGAGGAGCAGCGGCGGCGCCGUCGGCGGAGGCAGCCGCGGGAGGGUGGCGGCUGGCGCACGGACUCGUUCGACGUGGCGCGCGUCGCCUUCUGCUCGGCCGAGCACCGCGCCAGCGGCCUGGUCUUCGCUUGGCUCUACCGGGAGCACCGCGGGGGAGCUGGGGGCGGCGGCGCUGGGGGCGGCGGCCCGGCGCUGUCGUGCCACGCCGUCGAGUGCCAGAGCGCCGAGCAGGCCAAGCGGCUGGCGCACACCAUGAUGGAGGCGUUCACGCGCACGCUGCACGGGAUGCACCGCGGCGGCGGCGGCGGCGGAGGGGACGGCGCCGCCGCAGGAGAGGGCUGGCAGGUCGCCACGGCAACCGCGGGAGGAGUCGUCGGAGGAGGAGGAGGAGCAGAGGACCUCAAGGUCUCCGUGGACACGGGCAGCGGCUGCUUCGGAGUGAGAUCUUGAGGGGUGGCGGCGGGGGGGUGCGAGGGGAUUCGUCCGUCGUCGAGGCAAACCGCGACAUGGGCCUUGCCUGGAAGUCACCGACCGGGCUGUGCUGGACGCGUUCAGUCAACUCUCGGUAGUCCGGACGACGCCGUCGCCUCCCUCCACCGCUCCCUCCGCAGUCGCUUCGCUCGCUGGCCCUCGGCGAGCGAAGAGCGAAGCUGCCCUGGGCUGCCAAGCUGAGCCGCCGUGUCGGGGGAAGAGAUUUUAUUUAUUUUUUUGGGACGCACGGCUAACCCGGAGCUCCGGCGUGGGGGAAAUAAUCGACGGUUGACUGUACUCGAGUCCUGUGUGUAUCUAUACGUAUAAGAGAUUGUUGAAUUAUUUAAGCCAAAGCAUAUGGUCUUCAUUUUGUUGUUGUAAACGCUAAAGCCAACCUGCAGAGUUACUGGCCAGUUAAAAAGCCAUCGGGCGAUUGUGCAACACGUAGGAGGUGAUGUUAGGAAGCUCUCGUUUUGCCGGGGAGUGGAUUCGAGACGCUCUUUCUGUCCAGGUUCUCCACAUUGGGAUGAUGUGUCCCACUCAACGAUAAUGUGCCCCUCUCAGCGAUGAUGUGCCCCUCUCAGCGAUGAUGUGCCCCUCUCAACGAUGAUGUGCCCCUCUCAGCGAUGAUGUGCCCCUCUCCACGAUGAUGUGCCCCUCUCAACGAUGAUGUGCCCCUCUCAAAGAUGAUGUGCCCCACUCAACGAUGAUGUGCCCCUCUCAACGAUGAUGUGCCCCUCUCAACGAUGAUGUGCCCCUCUCAACGAUGAUGUGCCCCUCUCAACGAUGAUGUGCCCCUCUCAACCAUGAUGUGCCCCUCUCAACGAUGAUGUGCCCCUCUCAACGAUGAUGUGCCCCUCUCAACCAUGAUGUGCCCCACUCAACGAUGAUGUGCUCCUCUCAACGAUGAUGUGCCCCUCUCAGCGAUGAUGUGCCCCUCUCAACGAUGAUGUGCCCCUCUCAGCGAUGAUGUGCCCCUCUCAACGAUGAUGUGCCCCUCUCAACGAUGAUGUGCCCCUCUCAACGAUGAUGUGCCCCUCUCAACGAUGAUGUGCCCCUCUCAACGAUGAUGUGCCCCUCUCAACGAUGAUGUGCCCCUCUCAACGAUGAUGUGCCCCUCUCAACGAUGAUGUGCCCCUCUCAACGAAAUUUCAGAGGGUACGUCGUACGAUAAGUGUGUGUGUGAGUGUGUGUGAGUGCGUGUGAGUGUGUGAGUGCAUGUGACUGCGUGUGAGUGCGUGUGAGUGCGUGUGAGUGUGUGUAUGUUUGUGAGAGUGUGUGUAUGUUUG